UAUUCCACCGGCCGCCGUCGAUCGGCUUUAUUAAGAAUGGAGCAAAAAAAGACUGAUCCUGGUGGUGGCGGUGGUGGUCGGACGUACUGUGUCACCGGAGCAACAGGUUACAUAGGAUCAUGGCUUGUGAAAUCCCUUCUCGAAAGAGGUUUUUCCGUCCAUGCCGCCGUCCGGAACCCUGCGAAUUGUAAUAAUCUUUUGGCGUUAUGGGGCGGCGGCGAUCGAUUACGGUUGUUUAGAGCUGAUUUGAAUGAAGAAGGAAGCUUCGAUGAUGCUGUUAAUGGCUGCCAUGGCGUCUUUCAUGUUGCUGCUUCCAUGGAAGUUAUCGUUAAACCUACUGAUAAUCGAGAUAAUUAUGUUCAAUCUGAUAUUAUCGAUCCUUCGAUCAGAGGAGCUUUGAACAUUCUGAAAUCGUGUUUGAGAUCGAAAUCUGUGAAACGAGUUGUUUUCACAUCUUCGAUUAGUACGAUGACUGCUCGGAACGACCACGGAGAAUGGCUGCCGGUGGUGCACGAAUCUUGUCGGACGUCCGUUGAUGUUAUCUGGAACAGAAAAUCAAGUGGUUGGGUUUACGUGCUCUCCAAGCGUCUAACCGAAGACGCCGCAUUUCAAUUCGCAAACGAAAACGGUAUCCGUCUUGUAUCUAUCAUCACCACCACCGUUGCCGGCCCUUUCCUCACUUCGACCGUUCCCUUAAGCAUUCGAGUUCUCCUCUCUCCGCUAACAGGCGACUCUGAACUGUUACCGAUAUUAUCUUCUGUGAAUUCAAGAAUGGGCUCGGUUGCUUUGGUUCAUACGGAAGACAUAUGCAAUGCUCACAUGUACCUUAUGGAGCACGAUCGAGCCGAAGGGCGAUACAUCUGCUGCACCAAUAGCUGCACAAUCUCUGAAUUGGUUCAUCAUCUAGCAAAACUGUAUCCUUCCCCUAAUUUACAAAGAGUUACAGAGGAAGAAGUGACAUCAGUCCCUACUGAGAUCAGUUCCAAGAAGCUGAAAGAUUUGGGGUUCAGAUACAAGUAUGGAUUGCUGGAUGUAAUACAUCAAACACUUGAAUCUUGCAUGCAACAUGGCUUUCUUCCUCCAACCAAAACACAGAGAAAGUGAGAGCUGGAGGACGUCCGUCAAUUCAUCUCAUAACUCUUGA